GGUUAAAACAGAUUUAGAAAUAAAAAGCAAAUUGAAAAUUAUCUGUUAGUUAUAAAAUAAAUACAUUUUACUGGGCUUAAAAACGAAACUAGGAAAAUGAAACUCCUUACACACAAUAUGCUCACGUCGAAAUGCAUGAAAGGAGUCGCAGUGGGAUAUCCUUUGAAAAUAAAUGCACAAGAUAUACAAGAAUCAGAAGUGGAUUUCAACCCCGAAUUGAUAGCUAAAAUUAUUCCGAAACUAGACUGGACAGUUCUAUGUGAAGCCGCUGAAAGUAUCGGUAAAAUAGAAAAUCUACCCAAACAAAUUGUUGAUAAUUUUGAAAAUGAUGAAGAGUUUCUUAAGAAGGUCCACAAAAUCCUGUUAGAAGUAGAUAUUGUGAAUGGAGAAUUAAUAUGUCCAGAAACUGGAAGAAAAUUUCCUAUUAAUAACGGAAUCCCAAAUAUGCUUUUAAAUGAAGAUGAAAUAUAAAAAUUAUUACUAA